UGCUCCUCUGGUUCUCUCUGAAGAUGAAGCUGUUUGUUUCAGUGCUGAUGCUCCUCGCUGUGGGAGCCGUGGGGGAGGUGGUGAAGGACUUUAAAGAACCUCCUUGUGAAAAUUUCUUUCUGGAUGGUGGGCCACCAGAGUUUAAGACUAACGGAAUAGCCUCGCAGGUUCCGGUGGAGGGUCGCUAUGUGCGGAUCUGUCAGAGAUACAGAAAUAAGUAUCAUUAUGCGACUCUGUAUGACACCACAGAAAAGAUUCCUGUGUAUUCUGCAUAUCGGUAUGAACGAACAGCAGACUGUAAAGUAGAUAGACCUGAUAUAACAUGGAUGAUCGAACCUCAGCUUGAGGACAUCAAGAAUAGUAAGGAGAUGGCCUUGCAAAGGAACAUGAAAGUCAAUAAUCAGGCCUACAACUCACAGUAUGACAACUCCAGGUAUGAUAAAGGUCACCUGUUUCCUUUCUGCCACACUAACUCUGAUGAAGCUGCAGAGAGCACCUUCACCCUCACCAACGCAGCACCUCAGAGAUGUGACUUCAACAAGAUGUGGUACAGCAAAGUGGAACGCAGAGUGAGAGAAGCCCUGAAGCAGUGCCUGAACGUGGGAAAAAAAGCUUACGUAGUAACAGGAGUUGUGCCGAGUAGUGGAUCAGAAUAUCAGACUCUGAAGGUGGGCAGCACAGUGAAUGUGCCAAGUUUCUUCUGGACUGCAUACCGCUGUUGUGAUAAUAAUAAUAAAAAUUGUGAUUUUGGUGGCUUCAUUAUGCAUAAAGAAGCUGAUGAAGCUACAGACUACAAAGACAUUAAUGAACUUCAUUUUAAACUGAGUGCAUUAUACACCAAACCAUUUAAAUUGUAUAAAGAUGCAGCUUUCAAUUUAAAACGACCACGAGAGUGAAGAAAAAAACUUAAAAUGAAUCCUGUCAACAAUCAUUAGAUUCAACUUCAGCAGCAUCAGCAGUGAAGGAUAUUUUGUUUUUAGUAAAUGAUUCUGUAUAAGCUGUUAAAUGGGAUUUAUGUAUGUGGUGUGUGGAUAAUGAAAUGAAAUGUUACGGUCUGACUGGUAAAGGGUUGAACACGUAUUAAUGUAUUUACUGUCUGUAUGAAUUAUA